CUCCCUCCUCUCCUCCAAGAGAGAGAGAGAGAGAGAGAGUAAUGAAUAGGAUUCAUGAUGUGGGUUUUCCAAAUUCCAUGACUCCUCUUCUUUCUGCCACUAAACAAUGCGAAAUGGCAGAUUCCCAAUCAUCCUUUCCCCUCCACAGGAGACACCCAUCAUUGCUCUCAAUCCAUCCCUUUCAAACUUAGGAAGCUGAGCAAUUAAGUUCCACCUCCUUAAAUCCCCUCCUCUUCCUCCUCCUCCUCCCCGUCCUCAAUUCACUCCCAUCCACCAACCAAACCUCCAGACCCAAUAACACCACUGCUCUCUCCCAAAAAUGAAGCCUUCUUGCACCACUGCCGGUGGCUUCUAUUCCUUCCUCACCCAUGGCCUUGACGACCUCGACCGCUCCUUUUCGUCGAACGCCUUCAUGUCCCUUCAAUUCCUCCAGCAUGCCGUGACCCUCCUCCGCUCCCUCCACUCCCACCUCACGCACCUGGUCCAGAAGCUCCACCUCCCCGUCGGCGAGAAAUGGCUCGACGAGUACAUGGACGAGAGCUCCCGCCUUUGGGACGCCUGCCAUGUCAUCAAACUCGGCGUCUCCGGAAUCGAGAAUUACUGCUCCACCGGUGCCGACAUGGUCUCCUCUCUCGACGAGUGGCGCUGCAAUCCCAGUCCCCAUCUCACUCGUCAGGUGAUGAGAGCGAUCUCGGUGUGCCGGAGAGAAGCCAUGGGCCUGGAGGAGGAGAACAGAGUAUUGGUGGAGACCAGGGUGGAGCCGCUGUCGCUUCGGUUUGACGACAGGGGGCCCAUGGAGUCCAAACUUAAUGGCUUCAAUGGUUUCAGGGGAGUACUGUAUGCAUUAAGGAAUGCCAGCUCCUUCCUGCUGAUGAUCUUGCUGACGGGAUCGGUCUCCUGCUGGCCGAAACUGAGCUGCCAUCAUGCCGCCAUGGAGAGCUCGCUCUUUUUCGGGUCAGGAUACAUGGUGUCGAUGGCGAGGCUGCAGCAGAGGGUGAUGAGGGAGAUGGAAGGGAUGAACGGCCGAUCAGGAAUUCUGAUGUACGAGUUCCGGAGGGCAAGGGCGGCGACAGAGGAGCUGAGGGAAGAGCUGGAGAGGGGAGAGGGAAUGGGUUGUGAUUCAGAGGGGAUUGCAGGAGGUCUGAGAGAGAGGGUUGAGGGCUUGAAGGGAUGGUUUGGGAUGUUGAGGUCUGGAACCGAGAGUCUUGUAGGGCAAUUGGAUGAUUUCUUUGAUGAGAUUGUGGAAGGCAGGAAGAAGCUCUUGGACCUGUGUAGUCACAGGUAGGGGGGAGGGAGAAGAUAGAGAGAGAGAGAGAGAGAGAGAGAGAGAGAUUGAUGGCAAGGGGGGAGGAAGGAAGCAAAGGUUUUUGAUUGUUCUAUAUGUGCUUUCUUUUGUUUGUCAAUUUUAUUGAAGUUGCUGUUUUGGAGUUUAGAUUUCUUUGAGACCUUACGAAAAACAAAAAUAUGCAGCAGAUGAAUGUCUUGGAGAAACAGGGGGUGCUAUGAAAGUAACUUGCCACAAAGAAAUGGACUCUAUUGUGAGAAGAAUCUUGGAAACAAGGAAAGUAAGAUUUUGUUUGUUUUCCUCAACUAGGCAAAGCUGGACUAUAUUGUGGGAACGUGGGAAUCCUGAGACGUUAAAGAAGACAAGAAAGAGUUUAACAAA